UCCCGCUCCGCGCGCCGCGGCGUUCAUACGUGUUUAGUCCGCGUUCGAUUUACGUAAACCCGAUAUUGUUUCAAACAUACGCUCAGCUGAUCUGUGACAAUAAGUUCGUAUACCGUCUACAACAGCAAAACGGACAAGCAACAUAGUGAACUCGUGUGUGCUAACUAAAAACCGGACUGUUAUCGAAAAUAUCUCGACGUUGAAUGUAAAAAUAUACGGCGUCGCCUGAGACCCUUCGCACCGCGUGUGACUGAUCGAUAUUUUAAAUGAUAACAUGGAUUCAAUUAGGUGUUGUUUAAGAAGACGGUGAAGUAAACAGUGCAGUGAGAGUGUAGUGACGACGCCGCCUGGCGCCCCGGCUUGCUCGGCGGUAGAUGCGGGUGUGAUAGCAGCAUGACGAUGUGGUUGUGGUGGGUGGUGAGUGCGGCGCUGGCGGCGAGCGGCGAGGCGCUGCAGCCGCGCUGCCAGGAGAUCACCAUCCCCAUGUGCCGCGGCAUCGGGUACAACCUCACCUCCUUCCCCAACGCGCUCGACCAUGACACGCAGGAGGAGGCCGGCCUUGAGGUCCACCAAUACUGGCCGUUAGUCGAGAUCAAAUGUUCUGCAGACUUAAAAUUCUUCCUGUGCUCGGUGUACACGCCCAUCUGCAUCGAGGACUACGCCAAGCCGCUGCCGGCGUGCCGCAGCGUGUGCGAGCGAGCGCGGGACGGCUGCGCGCCGCUCAUGCAGAAGUACGGCUUCCAGUGGCCCGAGCGCAUGGCCUGCGAGCGCCUGCCCCGCGCCGGCGACCCCGACCAGCUGUGCAUGGAGGAGACGGAGCGGGCCCGCGAGCCGCCGCCGCCGCCCGCGCGCCGCCCGCCGCGCCCCGCCUGCUCCGACCCCAACGCAAAAAACUGCCAGGCCGGCGCCGCGCCUGCGGGCGAGGCGGGCGCGGCGGCCUGCGCGUGCACGUGCCGGGCGCCGCUGGUGGCGCUGCGCGCGCUGCACAACGCCAGCGCGGCCGCCGGCGUGGCCGCGUGCGCGCUGCCCUGCGCCGGCGCGUUCUUCACGCGCGAGGAGAAGGAGUUCGCGGCCGUGUGGGUCGCCAUGUGGGGCGGCCUCUGCGCCGCCAGCACGCUCAUGACGCUCACCACCUUCCUCAUCGACUCGCAGCGCUUUAAGUACCCCGAGCGGCCCAUCGUGUACCUGUCGGCGUGCUACUUCAUGGUGUCGCUGGGCUACCUGGCGCGGCUGGCGCUGGGCCACGACGAGGUGGUGUGCGAGGGCGCCCUGCUGCGCACCUCGGCCAACGGUCCCGGCGCCUGCACGCUCGUCUUCGUUCUCGUUUACUUUUUCGGCAUGGCGUCAUCGAUCUGGUGGGUGGUGCUAUCUUUUGCGUGGUUUCUGGCCGCGGGACUCAAAUGGGGCAACGAAGCCAUCGCUGGACACGCACAAUAUUACCACCUCGCCGCGUGGCUCAUUCCUGCCGCGAAGACCGUGGCCGUGCUGCUGGCCGGUGCCGUGGACGGAGACCCGGUGGCCGGCAUCUGCUACGUGGGCAACUCGUCACCGGAGAACUUGAAGCGUUACGUGCUCGCGCCGCUGAUCGUGUACUUCGCCCUGGGAGCGACGUUCCUGCUCGCCGGGUUCGUGUCGCUGUUCCGCAUCCGCUCGGUGAUCAAGCGGCAGGGCGGCGUGGGCGCCGGCUCCAAGGCCGACAAACUGGAGAAGCUGAUGAUCCGCAUCGGCGUGUUCAGCGUGCUGUACGCGGUGCCGGCCGGCGUGGUCAUCGGCUGCCUGGCGUACGAGGCGGGCGGCCACGAGCAGUGGGUGCGGCGCGUGGCCUGCGGGCCCACGUGCGGCGGCCGGCCGCUCUACUCCGCGCUCAUGCUCAAAUACUUCAUGGCGCUGGCGGUGGGCAUCACGUCGGGCGUGUGGAUCUGGUCGGGCAAGACGCUGGAGUCGUGGCGGCGCGUGUGGCGCGGCGGGCGCGAGCCGGCGCCGGCGCAGCGGGCCCUGGUCAAGGGCGUGUGACGCGCGCCCGCGGGCCCCGCCCCCGCCUCCGGGGCCCCGGGCCCCGCCCGCCUGCCGCCCUCCCUGCCGCCCUCGCUGCCGCCGCCGGCCACUGCCGCGCCCUCCGCCCGCUCGGGGCAGCCGCUGUCGGACUACGGGCCCGUCUAGUCGCCCACGUGUUCCUGCUAGCUGUUAGACUGGGACAGUAACCCCCCGACAGGGCAGUGCGAAGGCUCGUGUCCAUGACAGUGCUAGAAAUGGCUCGUGAAGUGACGCCACUGACGUUAGUGAUACUGUGAGAGUGAGACGUCGCGCGUGUCUAGUCUUAGUGUUUCCGCGACGCACAACAUAUACGUAACUAGUGAUAAGGACCGCGGCCGUGGCGUCCGAUCCUCGCUGACAUGCCGUGGACUGACUGACACUUUUGUUAUAACUAUUUCACGGCGCCACUGUGACAUCGACAAAUAUUUUCAAAAAACGCAAGACUCUUUCAACUAGAAGUGUCCCAAACUAUACCCAAUUGCAGUCAUAAUGACUGGACUUUUAACGUAAGAGUCAGUAAAAUACUCCACCGUUUAGUUUCAUUACCUCAUGAACACUGCCAAUUUCGUACGUUUUUACAAAUUAACAGUGAUGUAGUUUACUGCUCUGUGCUGUAACUGUUGUAAUAUAAAAAUACCUAAACCGAUCGCCACGACGAGCGACAGAAGCUCAUCGCCAUGCAACUGAUUAUAAUAAUAAACUCAUGUAUCUCUUUGUAAACACGUUGAUGCUGAUGAGUUGCUGUCGUUCGUGCUGAUAUUGUUCUGUGACGUUAGACCCGUAGUGUGUACCGAACGCAUUUUGAGCAUUUUGUAUAUCUAUUGUAAUGAUCUCUGAUGUCAUGUUGUAAAUAGUGAUCCUAAAUCAUUUCAUCCCUAUAGUAAGUAGUAAGAUGCUAUUAUCUACUUAUGUAUGUGUUUAACUUCGGUUAUCUUAUUAAAACUUGUAGAAAAGACAAUCCUAGUGAAAAUACCAACCUAAUAUUGUAUUUUUCUUUAUUAGUUUCGUACAACUCGAUACUAGGUGGCGUUAUAAGGCUACCCUGAAAAAGACACUACUUCAAGCAACCUGGUUCUUGCUCUAAUGAUGUCUUACAACGCCAUCUAUUGCCGAGUAGUUAACACUUUGUAAAUAUAAUUUGACAAGUAUGCCGAAAUAAACUGGAACUGAUAAACUGUGUGUGACGAAUGAUAAAAUUGUAUUUUGUGCAAUGGUAUAGUAUAUUCUUACUUAAUUGUAAAGUGAAUAAGAUGUAUGAAAAAUUGUAUAUUGUAGCUACGGACGCCGCAGUCGAAGCCAUGAAAAUCAUUAUGUAAUUUAUUUUAUAUCUAACUGUAGAUAACAAAUAAAGCGACUUUUUUAUGUACA